AUGUGUGGUACCGUCUGUACAGUAUUGGAAGUCGAUAGAGACUAUGGUUGGGUCUACAUUGCAUGUAAGAAAUGCAACAAAAAGACUAUUGUGGAGCAAGGCAUUAAGAUGGAAGAUGAAAAGCAAAAACCAUCACCAAAGUUUUUUUGUGAGCAUUGCAAAGAGUAUACAACAAAUGUCUCCCCCAAGUUCUGGAUUUAUCUAAAAAUCAAAGACGAAACUGGAGAAUCAAAGUGUAUGGUGUUUGAAAGCUUCACUGCCGAUAUGGUUGGAAUGCAAUCUUCAGAACUCUUCAACAAUAGAUACGAGUUGCUAGAGGAUCCUGAAUCUAUCCCUCCCGAAGUUAAAGCUUUAGAAGGGCAGACAUUCGAGUUUCUCCUUUCUAUCGAGCCAAAACAUAUUAGGGGUAACUCCACCACUUACAACGUGGCUGCAUUGUGCUCUAACGAGAAAAAAUGUGAUCUUGGGAUUUUCCCUUCAGACACAUAUGUAGAUCCUUCUUCAAUGUUAUCUGGUGGUCAGGGUUCUUUAAUGCUUACUGAAAGCGGUGAGUCACCUGAUGUCGAUGCUUCAACCUCUUCCACACCAUCUUCAAAAAGAGGUUCAUCAAACGCGAUGGAAAGAGAUGACCAAUCAUCUACAUCCAAAAAACAUUGUUCUAAGUUGGUUGAAUUGGAAGAUGUGAAUGCUGCUGGUGUUUCUAAGGAACUCAAUCAUUUGUUGAAUUAA